CUGACAGCGGCCAAGAUGGCUGCCCCCGCGCUGCGCGCUCUGCGUCGCUGGUCCGGGCUGGCCCUGGGAGUGAGGUGCGCCGUCUGGAACCUUCCAGGGCUCACACAGGUGAGGGGGAGCCGCUAUGCCCCCGAAUUCCGGGAGCCCUUGAUUGACAAGGAAUAUUACCGCAAGCCGGUGGCGGAACUCACCGAAGAGGAGAAGUAUGACCAGGAGCUCAAGAAAACCCAGUUUAUCAAAGCUGCCGCCGCGACCGAAACCAGCUCGGUGUUUGCAGACCCGGUCAUCAGCAAAUUCACCAACAUGAUGAUGAAGGGAGGCAACAAAGUUCUGGCCCGGUCCCUCGUGGCCCAGACUCUGGAAGCUGUGAAAAGGAAGCAGUUUGAAAAGUACCGCGCUGCCUCUGCAGAGGAACAGGCCACCAUUGAACGGAACCCCUACAGGAUCUUCCACGAGGCACUCAAAAACUGUGAGCCUGUGAUUGGGUUGGUGCCGAUCCUCAAAGGGGGCCAUUUCUACCAGGUCCCCGUGCCUCUCACUGACCGACGUCGGCGCUUCCUGGCCAUGAAGUGGAUGAUCACAGAGUGCCGAGAGAAUAAACCGCGGCGGACACUGAUGCCAGAGAAACUGUCGCAUGAGCUGCUGGAGGCUUUUCAUAACCGGGGCCCCGUGAUCAAGAGGAAGCACAAUAUGCAUAAGAUGGCAGAGGCCAACCGUGCCCUGGCCCACUACCGCUGGUGGUAGCACGAGAGGAGAGGUGGGAAAGGACACGCUGCCACGAGAAACCACCCGACGGCUGGAGAGGUGGCUCAGUGGUUAAAGGCACUCACUGCUCUUUCCAAAGGACCUGGUUUGAUUCCCAGCACUCACGCGGAGGCUCACUGACCACCUGUAACUCCUGUUCCAAAGGUUUCGAUACCUUCUGACCUCUGUGGGCACCAGGCGUGCACAUGGUAUACAGACAUAGGUGCAGACACUAAUAAAUGUUGAGCUACUGUCCUGUUGGAAAGUUCCGGAAGGAAGUUAAGGACAGAGAGUGCUGUUUGUAAUGCA